GCUCACUGCCUUCUUCCUUAAACCUCCGCCUGGUUGGUGGUCAAACACAAAGUGGGACGGCAAGAAGUCGGCUGCACUCUGAACACAUGAGAGAGUGCAAUCUGGGAGAUUGUACCCCUUUUGUUUUUUUAACGACCAAUCGACGCAUGUGACAGUACUGAAGAGAGUUUUGGGAGUCAGGGAAACGCCGCUGCAACAAUGAUCUCACGAUAUAAACUGAGUCCCAGUUCCACCAUGUCCUUGGCGUUCUGUGGGAACGAGAAUAACUCGGUGGCAUACAAUGUGGACGGGGGGGUUCUGAACAACGGCUGUUUCCUGGAUGCGCUCAACGUGGUGCCACAUGUGUUCCUCCUCUUCAUCACCUUCCCCAUCCUCUUCAUUGGCUGGGCCAGCCAGAGUUCAAAGGUCCACAUCCACCACAGCACCUGGCUGCACUUCCAGGGUCACAACCUGCGCUGGCUGCUCACCUUUGUCCUACUGUUUAUCCUCGUCUGUGAGUUUGCAGAGGGCAUUGUGUCUGAUGGAUUCAGCCAAUCCCUUCAUCUUCAUCUAUACAUGCCUGCAGCUCUGGCCUUUAUGGCUGGCAUCACCUCUAUUAUCUACUAUCAUAACAUCGAGACCUCCAACUUCCCCAAACUACUAUUAGCCCUGCUGAUCUACUGGGUGCUGGCUUUCAUCAUGAAGACCAUCAAGUUUGCCAAAUACACCGAGCAUGGCAUCGGCCCCCGGCAGCUACGCUACUGCAUCACCGGACUGCUAAUGCUGCUGUAUGGACUCCUAUUGGCUGUGGAGGUCAAUGUCAUCCUGGGAAGGCGCUACAUGUGUUACGCUGACCCCACAGAGGUGAAGCCCCCCGAGGACCUCCAGGACCUGGGUGUUCGUUUCCUUCAGCCCUUCGUGAACCUGUUGUCCAAAGCCACCUACUGGUGGAUGAACACUUUUAUUACAGACGCUCACAGACGACCCAUCGACCUCAAGGUCAUCGGGAAGCUGCCCAUCGCCAUGAGGGCCCUCACCAACUACAUCAAGCUACGCAAGGCCUUCGAGGACCAGAAGAAGCCUCAGGGCUCAGCCAUCCAGGGACCAAAGUUGAUCUGGCAGGCAUUGAGGAAAGCGUUUGGCAGACCUCUCAUCCUCAGUAUCACAUUUCGCUUCAUGGCCGACCUGCUGGGCUUCGCCGGCCCUCUCUGCAUCUCUGGCAUCGUGCACCACAUCAGCAAGGACAACCGCACCAUUCAGCCGCCGACGAGUUUGCUGGGUAUCUAUUUCAUUUCCUCCAAAGAGUUUCUGGAGAAUGCAUAUGUGCUGGCUGUGCUGCUGUUCUUCGCCCUGCUCCUUCAGAGGACCUUCCUCCAGGCCUCAUACUAUGUUGCCAUUGAAACGGGCAUCAACCUACGCGGGGCCAUUCAGACAAAAAUCUACAACAAGAUCAUGCGUCUGUGCACCUCCAACAUGUCCAUGGGAGAGUUAACCGUUGCUCAGAUCUGUAACCUGGUGGCCAUUGAUACCAACCAGCUCAUGUGGUUCUUCUUCCUCUGUCCUAACCUGUGGGCCAUGCCUGUACAGAUUAUUGUGGGAGUGAUCCUGCUCUACUACCUCUUGGGAAUCAGUGCCUUGAUUGGAGCGACCGUCAUCGCUGUGUUAGCUCCUGUACAAUACUUUGUCGCAACCAAGCUGUCCCAAACUCAGAAGAGCACCCUGGAAUACUCCAGUGAACGUCUUAAGAAGACCAAUGAGCUGCUACGGUGCAUCAAGCUGCUGAAGCUGUAUGCCUGGGAACACAUCUUCUGUGACAGUGUGGAGGGGACCAGGGGCAAAGAGCUCACCAGCCUGAAGGCCUUCGCUUUUUACACAUCCAUAUCCAUUUUCAUGAAUGCAGCUAUUCCCAUCGCAGCUGUCCUGACGACGUUUGUGGUUCAUGUUCACCUCUCAGAUGACGCUGAUCUGUCCCCAGCUGUGGCCUUUGCCUCCCUGUCCCUCUUUCACAUCCUGGUCACCCCCCUCUUCCUGCUCUCCAGCGUGGUGCGCUCCACCGUCAAGGCCCUUGUGAGUGUUCAGAAGCUCAGCGAGUUUUUCUCAUGCGAUGAGAUAGGAGAGGAACAGGAGCCCAGAGCGAUAUUAACCUCUGGCUCCAGCAAUCACAACCAAAACAGAUACCAGGCUGUGCCAUCUUCUAAACCUCUCACUUCAUCCUCCUCCUCCUCGUCUUCGUCCCAACACCUCAAGCCUCUGAAGGUGGUGAACCGGAAACGCCCCCCGAGGGAUGACUGGAACAACUACAGCUCCCAGGGGGACCACGAGGGAGACGGACCCUACCAAGACAUGGACCAGGACAUCUGCAUCAAAAUAAUCAGCGGUUAUUUCACCUGGACCGAUGGACCGCCAACACUUUCUAAUGUGGACAUCAAGAUUCCUUUUGGUAAGCUGACUAUGAUUGUUGGCCAGGUGGGCAGUGGGAAGUCGUCUCUGUUGCUGGCAGCGCUGGGCGAGAUGCAGAGAGUAUCAGGAGCAGUCUACUGGAACAGCCUACCAAACCUGGAAUCAGAGGGAUAUGAAAGCCCCACAGAAAGAGAUGCUGCAGGUGACGGAGAAAUCAGGAAGAGAGGCGCUGUGGGCUAUGCCUCCCAGAAGCCCUGGCUGUUGAAUUCCACCGUGGUGGAGAACAUCACCUUCGAGAUGCCCAUGAUCAAACCUAGGUUUAAUGCUGUGAUCGAGGCCUGCUCCCUCCAGCCUGACAUUGACAUCCUUCCACAGGGGGAGCUGACAGAGAUCGGGGAGCGGGGUAUCAUCCUGUCGGGGGGACAGAAACAGCGUAUCAGCGUAGCUAGAGCUUUGUACCAACAGACCAACGUGGUCUUCCUGGAUGACCCAUUCUCUGCCUUAGACAUCCACCUGAGUGACCAUCUGAUGCAGGACGGCAUCCUCAAGCUCCUUCGAGAGGAGAAGAGGACGGUGGUGUUGGUCACUCACAAACUUCAGUAUCUCCCACACGCAGACUGGAUCAUUGCCAUGAAGGAUGGCACUAUCCAGGCUGAAGGGACUCUGAAAGACAUCCAGAACUCAGAGUCCGACCUCUUUGAGCAGUGGAAAACCCUGAUGAACAGAAAGGACCAGGAGUUUGAGUCGGAGACAGAGGCAGCGAGUAUGACAGAUAUGGAGAGGAAGAACCUGCGGAGGGCCAUAUACUCCAGAGAUGCUGCCAGGACUGAAGAGGACGAGGAAGAGGAGUCCUUGGAGGAGAGCGACGAUGAAGACAUCAUGUCCCAGGCGAUGCGUCACCGCGCCACCAUCCCCUGGCGCUCCUGCGGCACCUACCUGUCCUCCGCCGGGGUCGUCCUGCUCACCCUGCUCCUCCUGUCCCAGCUCCUCAAACACACCCUCAUGGUCGCCAUCGACUACUGGCUGGCCCACUGGACGUCACACGUCAUCGCCGCCAAGACCUUAGCAACAGCUCGUAACUGCACCGACGUUCAGGGCUGUGGUUUCAGUCACUCGUGGUAUCUGUCGGUGUUCAGCGUGCUGUGCUGCCUGGGCAUCGUCCUGUGUCUCGCCACCGCCGUCGCCGUGGAGUGGACCGGCCUCAAAGUGGCCAAAGAGCUCCACCACGACCUGCUCAACAAGAUCAUCCUGGCCCCCAUGAGGCUGUUUGAGACGACUCCGCUCGGCAGUAUCCUCAACAGGUUCUCCACAGACACCAACACCAUCGACCAGCACAUCCCCACCACCCUGGAGUGCCUGUCCCGCUCCACCCUGCUGUGUGUGUCCGCCCUGGGCGUCAUCUCUUACGUGACCCCCGUCUUUCUCUUCGCCCUGCUGCCGCUCACCAUCGCCUGCUACUUCAUCCAGAAAUACUUCAGGGUGGCCUCCAGGGACCUGCAGCAGCUGGUGGACAUCACCCAGCUCCCGUUGCUCUGCCACUUCUCUGAGACAGUGGAAGGUCUCACCACUAUCAGGGCCCUCAGGUAUGAGCCCCGGUUCAGACAGAGGUUACUUCAGUUCACGGACGCUCACAACAUCGCCUCUCUCUUCCUCACGGCAGCCAACCGCUGGCUGGAGGUCCGCAUGGAGUAUGUUGGAGCGUGUGUGGUGUUGGUGGCAGCCGUGGCCUCCAUCACCAACUCUCUCAACAACGAGCUGUCCACUGGCCUGGUGGGGCUGGGCCUGACCUACGCACUCCUGGUUUCCAACUACAUGAACUGGAUGGUGCGUAACCUGGCAGACAUGGAGGUACAGCUUGGCUCGGUCAACAGGAUUAACGGCCUGCUCAAAACGGAACCAGAGAGUUAUGAAGGACUGCUCACUGCGUCUCAGGUUCCUGACGGCUGGCCUGGGGAGGGAGAGAUCCAGAUCCAGAAUCUGAGCGUCCGAUACGACGCCACUCUGAAACCUGUACUCAAGAAUGUCAACGCACACAUCAACCCUGGACAGAAGGUGGGGAUCUGUGGCUGGACAGGCAGCGGCAAAUCCUCCGUCUCCUUAGCCUUCUUCCGCAUGGUGGACAUGUUUGAGGGGAGGAUUGUGAUCGAUGACAUCGACAUCUCAAAGCUGCCGCUGCAGACCCUCAGGUCUCGCCUUUCCAUCAUCCUCCAAGACCCCAUCCUGUUCAGCGGAGCCAUCCGGUUCAAUCUGGACCCGGAGCUGAAGGCGACAGAUGAGAUGCUCUGGGAAGCUCUGGAGAUUGCUCAGCUGAAGCCUAUCGUUAAAUCGCUGCCAGGAGGCCUGGAUGCCAUGGUGACAGAGGGAGGAGAGAACUUCAGUCAGGGUCAGAGACAGCUGUUCUGUCUGGCCCGAGCCUUCGUGAGGAAGAGCAGCAUCCUCAUCAUGGACGAAGCCACUGCGUCCAUCGACAUGGCAACGGAGAGCAUCCUGCAGAAGGUGGUGAUGACCGCUUUUGCUGACCGGACAGUGGUUACUAUAGCACAUCGCGUCCACACCAUCCUGAAUGCCGACCUGGUGAUUGUGAUGAAGCGGGGGGUGAUCCAGGAGUACGACCGGCCCGAGGCCCUGCUGGAGAAGGAGGACAGCGUCUUCGGAGCCUUUGUGCGAGCAGACAAAUAGCACAAGAACAGAAAGUGAGAAGAAGCAUUAGAAGAAGACAUUCAAAGUGCAAUUGUCCCAUGACAGAUAUAUAAGAAGAUAUAUCUUUUUAUUUUUUAA